AUGAGAGAUUUGAUUGUGCUUUUAAAUACUGAUUGCAAUGUAUUAUGCAGUCAACAAUGUUCCGAAUUAUUAUUACAAACUCUAUCAAGUGCUAUUGAAAUUUUUGAUAAAUCCAAAAAGCAUGACUCGUCCUCGGAUCAAAUGGAAAUGUUUGAAACCACUGACACAUCUGCAAACAAUACAGUAUUCCAAAUACUAAAUUCAUGCAACGAUCUGUCAAUAACUGAACAAGGAAAAUGCUUUUGCUUAUGCACAAUUGCACAUGUUGCAAAACAAAACAGUCCUUUAUUUGACAAAGCUUUCGGUUACCUCUGUGACAUCAAAUUGGACGUCCAAACAUUGAGCCUAGAUUUUUUUAUAUACUCCCAAAUUGUUAAGAUAUUUUCUAACCAGUUACAAUUACCAAGACAAUGUUUCGAUUGGAUUUUUGGUCAUUUGCAAAGAAUGUGUAAGAGCCAUUUUAAGAAUUCGGAGGCCAGUUUUGUGAUUUUGAACCUGCUGAAAAAGCUGCUGCCAUCUGUUAGUGCGCUGGAGGCUGGUUCGACGAAGAAUAAUGUGGUUAUUAUGCUGUCGUCGUUUAUUAUACAGUGCUGGAAAAAUAAUUAUGGACCGUGGGUCACUAUCGAGUUGAUGGAUUGUCGAUUCCUCGUCCUCCUGGUCAAGAAUGCAAAACGGGACUCCUCUCUUCUUCCGCAUUGUUCAGUUCUUAAAAAGCGAUUUUUCUCCAUAAGACUCGAGGUCGCCAAAUGUUUUUCAAAACUGUUCGAUUUGCAAUCUCGACAAAUAUCCGACCACGAUAAAUAUCUAAAACUAACUGAUGAACUGUUUCGAGAUAUUUGUGCAACUCUGAAGGAGGAUUUGGCAGUUUCUGAUUCGGAGAACGAAUUAGUGUCAAUUGAUAAACGAGAGACGAAAAUAUUGACCGAUUUGCAUGUACUUGCCGGUAUUGGAGCUGUCAAUGCUAAAUAUAGACCUCGGGUGAUGCUGUUUUUGUUGGAGAUGAAGGUCGAGAAGAAUAUUGAUACAGAUAUCCUUUGCGAUACAAUAAACCUAAUCGCCCAACAAUUAUCAAUCACCAAACACCAACUCCUGCAAGAAUACAUGCCCUACAUUCUGAGCAACUGGAAAAGCGAUUUCUCCCAAUUCCCCAAAACAAUCCUGGACAUUCACUCAACCAAAGACUUCCUGCAACAAUGCCAACAUAUCAUGAUAGGUCCCGUACUCAGCGGAAACACUUUGGACGCCUUCUGCACAAAAAUUGGCAAAGACAAAGAAACAGUUGCCAAAGCAAAUCUGGUACAAAUCGUUACACUAUUAUUAAUUUAUCAAGAAUUGGAAGACUCGAGGAUCGAGGCUGUGUCAGAUGUUCUGUCCGUGGCUUAUGAUCAUGAUGGGAAACGUUUGUCGAGUGAGAUACAGAAUGUUUGUGAUGAAGUCGUUGGUGAACUUGUUGGACAUGUUUUUGAUACCAGUGAUUAUAAUAAGAGUUUUGGGAAGGUCGAGGCUUUGCCGGAGCUGCAGUGUCCUGUGUUGACGAGGGAGCAGGUUGUUAGGGCACUCGAUAAGGUUUAUAAAUCCAAAUCGUCAUUCAUGAUCAGCAUCUGCACAGAAAAUCCGAGCAAACUGCAAACCCUACUCACGUCAACCGUACAAAAAAUCUACAAAUCUCUAUCGACCCAAGAGAAACUUCUAAGGUUUCACCAUUACACCAUAUUUUUGGAUUUGAUAAACGACGAACUAAAAACCAAUUCAGAUUUGGGAAACAUGGAAGUGUAUUUGAUACGAGACAUAACGCACAGUUUAAUAAAUUUAAUACUUAACAACGAGGAUUAUAAAAUACAACAAGUUGUGCUCAAGUAUUUGUCGAAGUUUACUGAAGUGGUUCUGGUGGAACACUCGAGUAUUUUCGGGAAGUAUUUGAAGUUCGUGGUCGGCACCAUGGUGUCCUUGUGCGAAACCAGGAUUGAAGAAGAUUGUUUGGUUUAUUUAAAAAUGUUGCUGGUUGAUCAGUAUGUUGGUUUGAAAGUGUUUAUACACCAUUUGGAUCCUUUGCCUACGGAGCCAAAGUUUUUGGAACUUUGUAGAAUGUUAGAAUCCCUCAAAGGGAUGCCCAAAGACAAAUCGUUGAGGGAUGAACUUGAUUUUUUCAUACAAACCACAAACUCAAAAGAGCUCAAAGUACACGUUGAACUGUUGAGGAACUUACGGAAAGUUUUGACCGCCAACAAGAAAAAAAUGGGUGUCGAUUUUAAAAGACUUGCAGACGAUGCGCGGGUUUUCAGAAGACUGCGAAUGCAGCCUCGUCCACAAACUUAUAUGCUCCUUACUGACUUUGAUAUGCUCCAAAGACAAAUCAGUAUGUUUGGAAGCAUCCAAAUGUUUAGGCGAACUUGGACCUGUGGAUCUGACAACAAUGAUCCUAACCAGCGAAUCUUCCUUCACCAACUUCAAACAAACUUUACUCAACAUUGUCUUAAAAGAAUCGAUACUACUGUUAAUCGAUACAGAUAUCCAAGUGGUCCACGAUACCUCAAAAGUCUUGUACAGCAUUUUCAAAUCCAAGGAAGGUUUCGAAUGGUUGAAGCUGCAGAAACGACAGGGUGAUGUUGAACAGAUUUUGGAAUAUAGACCGUUUAUUCAAAACAAUUUGAAGAAUAUGCUUAGUAGUUAUGUGUUGAGUGAAGAUGAUUUUAAAAAGAAUGUUGAUGUUGCUGACGUUUGGAC